GCUCAUUGUAUUUAUUUCCCAUGUACACUUAUUCAUUCUUACAACUUUGCGGCAUUACCCAUCUAAGCAGGCGAUUAAGCUAUUAGAACAAUCUUGACAUUGACGGACUUUGUCUGUCCCAUUCGAGCUCUCUGUCUUCAAUAUUCCAUUGAUACCCGGAGGACAUAAAGAGUUGAAACACUACUCUGUUUCUUUGCUUCAAUAUUACAUGUCGCGGUAGCGAUAUUUCCCUUGUUAUCUUGUCUAGGAGAAUCUAAAACUAACAGUUUGCUGCGGGACAACUAAAACAUGUCCUUCAAAUCAAAGAACCUCGCAUAUGAGGCGAAAGAACCAGCAUUCUUACAACGACUUCGGAACCAAUACGGCGAUACCUCCGGUCGCCUUGAGCGCCCAAUUGCUCGACCCCGAAAAUUAAAAGAUGCCGACGAUGAUGAUGAACCUACCUAUGUUGACGAAGAGAGCAAUGAAGUGAUAUCCAAAGAGGAAUAUGAAGCUCUCGUUCGCGACAGUAAUAAGGAAGUCGAGGAUACAGGGAAAGAAGAACCCGGCCAGGAACAUCCUACAUCGCAAGAUAAAGGAGAGGAUAAGGCAAGUACCGCGCAAGAAGCGCCCAUAUCAAAACAGAACAUGGCAGAGAUAGGAGGACCUAAGAAGCGAAAGCAGGCGAAGAUUAUUGGCGAGGAAGAGCCUUCAGCAGAGAAAGAAGAAACGCAGCCGAAAGACACUAGUUCUCGGAAGCCCAAACAGAAGAAAAAGAAAAUCAAGCUCUCGUUUGACGAAGAAUGAUGAAUGAUGAC